AUGUUGAUCAACACCCAUGUGAGUGCCACGUUGUGGUUUGUGAUGGUGAGGUGUCUAAACACCUGUCCUUUCUUUGCUCCUCGCCUGAAAUCUAUAGUCGUUUACUUGACCUCUCAUCUCUACCUUUCUUUACUUUUUUAUACUUUUUCUACUUUUCUUGACCACUCUGCUCUUGAAAUCUUUAUUAUGCGAAUGCUUUUCUAUGCGUUGUACAACUGUCCAUUCCCUGAAGGGACUCGCAUCCAGCAGGACACAUUCUGUCAACGCAUUCGGCACCGUUCUUUACCUGUCAACUGGAGCAAUCUCUCCAAGCUGCACAAACUGUCUCACAGUAUCUAUGCACAUCCCUUACAAUCCCAUACACAGCGCUUGAAAUCAUUGUCCAUCGAGUUUCUCUUCUUCCUUUGA